AUGUCAAGUGUGACGCUUGAUGGAAUGGAAACUUCUUCUCCUCGGACGUGGGCUCAACAGCGCGAGAUCAAUCGACCUCCUUCCAAUCAGCGGAUAGCAUACAGUGACCGUACCGAAAUUCCGGUCACGUCGAAGAAAAAAGUAAAUGGAGUGACAUCAAUAACAUCUCCUGAAUUCGAAAACUCAAGUAGUGAUUCCAAAAACGACGAUCAUGAAGACAUUGAGAAACACAUAUGCACUGAUAAGGAAACUUACGAAGCUCUUAAACAGCGUUACUGGCAGCUUCAGGAAGAUAUUGCAGUUUUGGCAGCCCACAUGGACAAACAGGAGAUAGCUUACAAGCGAGAGCGCUCAGAAGCAGAGGUGGAACGUCUCACGCUGCUACAAACUAAUGCUACUCUUAAAAGUGAGCUAGACGCCUUACGUGUGGAAAAGGAUGCGCUGAUUAAGCAAAGCACCCGGAUGGCAGCGCAGCAAGCAGAAGAGGAACAGCAGACAAAUGAUGCACGUGAAGCACACGAAGAACUACUUCGUGCUCUUGCACAACAGCAGCAAGAGACCAAGCAUUUUCAGACUCUUGCAGCUUGUGCUGAUCAAGACCGGAAGGAUAUGCGUAAAGCAUUGGAUAAAGCUCAGAUCCACUGUUCCAGGCUGGAAGAAGAGCUGACAAUAGCUCAUACGCAGGUCCUACACCUGCAAAGCGAGCGGGAUACCUUACAGGCCGCCUUGGAUGCUGCUGCGACCGGGGCUGCUAAUUUAGAGGCACGUCAAUUACAAGAACAAGACGAGUUGAUCGCUAAUUUGCGCGCUAAUCUGUUGCAAAUGGAGUUUGAGCUCAAGACGCUGUCAGCUGAUAAAGCGACACUGGAAGAGAAGCUUCAACUGCGAUCAGCAAUCGCGCAGUAUGCAAAUUUUGAUGUUGUUCCAUUGGAUGACAGUGUUAGCGACAUGGUUUCGAAGCGAAAGGGCCCAAACAAGCGCACGACAAUUCGCCCCGUGAAGGCCAGCAAAGAAGCUUUAAAGCGACGCGGGUCGGACAUUUUCAAUAAUUUGACGGAAUUGCCAAAUGCAGUCACCGAGUCACGAGAGUGCGCUAGCGCACCUAUUUGGUCGUCAUCGACUCCGUCUUUUCGUUCCAACAAAAAUCAGAAUGACAUAGAUUCUCGACAAAGGCAUAGCUUUCGUGACCGUAUAGCACCGCCAAGCGGCUUUUCAUCUCUUGUGGCUAAGACGGUUCAGUCAGCACGAAAACAUCUUGCUACUCCUUUACAAAACACCUUUGGAAAUUCGUAA